AUGCGUGAAGUCAUCUCCAUCCACCUCGGCCAGGGCGGCAUCCAGACUGGAAAUGCAUGCUGGGAACUGUACUGCCUCGAGCAUGGCAUCCAGCCGGAUGGCCAAAUGCCCAGUGACAAGACCAUCGGGGGAGGAGAUGAUGCCUUCAACACUUUCUUCUCCGAGACCGGUGCAGGAAAGCACGUCCCGCGUGCUGUGCUCGUUGACCUGGAACCCAGCGUCUGUGACGAAGUGCGCACUGGUACCUACCGUCAGCUCUACCACCCGGAGCAGAUUAUCUCUGGCAAGGAGGAUGCUGCCAACAACUACGCGCGUGGUCACUACACCAUCGGCAAGGAGAUUGUCGACCUGGUGCUGGAUCGCAUCCGUAAGCUGGCCGACAACUGCACCGGUCUGCAGGGUUUCCUGGUCUUCAAUGCUGUGGGCGGCGGAACCGGCUCCGGUCUCGGUGCUCUGCUGCUUGAACGUCUGUCAGUCGACUACGGCCGCAAAAGCAAGCUCGGCUUCACUAUUUACCCGUCACCUCAGGUGUCCACCGCCGUGGUGGAGCCAUACAACUCGGUGCUGUCCACCCACUCACUGCUGGAGCACACGGAUGUGGCCGUGAUGUUGGACAAUGAAGCCAUUUACGACAUUUGCCGCCGUUCGCUGGAUAUCGAACGCCCAACCUACACGAACUUGAACCGUCUUAUUGCUCAGGUCAUCUCGUCUCUAACGGCUUCGCUGCGUUUCGACGGUGCACUCAACGUCGAUGUGACGGAGUUCCAGACGAACUUGGUGCCAUACCCACGUAUCCACUUCAUGCUGAGUUCAUACGCCCCCGUGAUCUCGGCCGAGAAGGCCUACCACGAGCAACUGUCUGUUGCCGAGAUCACCAACAGUGCGUUCGAGCCUGCGUCCAUGAUGGCUAAGUGUGAUCCUCGUCACGGCAAGUACAUGGCUGCGUGUCUGAUGUACCGUGGUGACGUUGUCCCGAAGGAUGUGAAUGCCGCUGUGGCCACCAUCAAGACCAAGCGUACUAUUCAGUUCGUCGACUGGUGCCCUACCGGAUUCAAGUGCGGAAUCAACUAUCAGCCUCCCACGGUUGUACCUGGUGGUGAUCUUGCUCGCGUGCAACGUGCGGUGUGCAUGAUCUCCAACACCAGUGCCAUUGCUGAGGUGUUUUCUCGCAUCGACCACAAGUUCGAUCUGAUGUACGCCAAGCGUGCAUUUGUGCACUGGUACGUCGGUGAGGGUAUGGAGGAAGGUGAGUUCUCAGAGGCCCGUGAAGAUCUUGCUGCUCUGGAGAAGGACUACGAGGAGGUGUCUGCUGAGACUGCUGAGGGUGAAGGUGAGGAGGAGGAGCUAGGCGAGGAGUACUAG